UUUCCAUCCCUUCGUGCCUUCUCCCGCCCGCUCCCACCUGGAAUCCAAGUCCGCCUCUUUAUCCCAUCCCCCGUCACCGUCCUUGGUCGAGAACGAAAGAUCUGCUCACCUUCUACCGACCUUUUGAUCGACCAGCUCCUUCCCCCUCCAUCCCAAGUCGACUUCAAUUCUUCAACCUACCUACUUCGAUUCAGUCUUUCCCGUCGUUCCUUUUGAACUUUUGAGGUGUUUGUCCCAGGUGGAACGCUCGCUGAGUCGCUGGAGAGACCGACCACAUUCCAUUCUUUACCCUGUAUUUGGCCGCCUUCACCUCCCUUCUUCCGAUUCGUUUGCAAAACUCUUCAUUCGCUUCAACCCGAGUUCAGUCAUCACUGGGGACACAUCGGGCAGCUUUUGGGGACCACGUUCAACUGAGAGCAUUUUGAGCAAACUCCAGGGGAGAUUCGCUCUAAAGAACAGUCUCACCUGCGAUUGAGUCUUCCUCCAGAAGAAAGGAGUUGAAGAGACCAGAGAGACUGGCUUUCUGAAUCAUCAUCAUCUUUGUGCGAUUGGCUUUGACGGGAGUCACCCGGGGUCCUUUGCACUGCCGCACGCCGCCAUGGCGUCGAUGGAUUCAUCAAGAUCACACGUCCAUCCCCUCUUCCGACGUUGUGUGCAGUGUCCUCCAGAUCCCCCCAGCUGUCCUCCCUGCGCCUCAGAUGAAACUUGUUCGCUAUCAGCUCAAUCGUGCAAUUCAUGCGCAUCGACAACUUGCGUCAAGCUCAGUACAAUACCCGGUCAGUCAGCACCAAAGAAAUCAACACCUAUUGGUGCUAUAGUUGGCGGAGUGAUAGGAGGCAUUCUCCUUCUCAGUGUGCUUGCAUACUGCUUUUAUCGAUUCCGAGUCCGGAAAAAGCGACACGUUGAGAUCUGGGAUCCGCCCGAGAAAAGAGAUCAAUCUACCCUGCACCGAGCCGAUCGUCAAUCGACGAGAUCCGCACACUCGAUCGCUUCAACCGUUCUCACGCGAGCCUCGAAUGUCAUUCAAAUUGCAUAUAUCCCCGGAGUCACGGUCCGAUCACCACCCGAGUCUCCGGCACUUCUAGUUCCUCCUGUGCCCGCGCUUCCGGGAGGCAUGGGCAACUCAGCAGCAUCUACACCUGAGCUUGAGCAGCACUUUUUCAUGCCAGGAGACCUCAGAGAUUCGACGUGGUCCGAUACUGAUUCGAUAGCAACCCGUUUCAGUGUCGCACCCAGUCUAGCCCGUCAAAGUGUGGCGACCACCAUCUAUCGAAGUGACGCCAUUGUGCCCCCUAUACCGGCACAGCAGGCUUUCCGAGCUCAAGCCAACGUUGUCAGUGUCAAAUCGGGAUCUAACACACCAGGAACGUCUUCCACGCCCAGCAUGAGAACCCCCAAGAUCCCGCAAGGACAAAGCAUGGGCAGCUCUGCAAGUUCCAUCGUUGCCCGGAAUGUUACGGCAAGACCUAUAGAGGUCAAAAAGACCAACUCAGGCACGAGAGUCCCCACUGUUGCCAAUCUUGCAAAGGAAGCUGCCCGAAAAAGCAGCACACCUACGUCCGAACAGAGCAUACCCAUUUACAGCGACGAAAAAGAAGUCGUCUUCUCGAAGUCGACUGCCACCACUCCUAGCACCACCUCUGAGGAUGACCCGAUUUCGCCUAUCACAAUUCCGCGCCCUGCUUUUGCCAGCAAUCAUUCGGCAAGGUCUUCUUCUGUAAGCGCAAUCCUGCCUCCCGAUGCUCUCAAAGGCGCUCCUAGCGGUCCCACGCAGCGGCACAGCAACAACCCCAUCAACGCAAUGAUUGCGGAUGCUAUCAAUCGAGCUAGAGAUCCGCAUCCUAUGGGCGUGACCAGCCCGACUGCACGGCCAGAGCUGGUUACUCAUGACUCGGGCCCAUUUUCAGACUCCAACGAGGUGAAAGAAAAUUUACCUUGAUGUAUAUUAUUUGCUUUCUUGAGAUUCAUAUGCCACGAGGCAACUUUUAUGAGCGAUGGGUCAGGUUUGGGAUCAUCUAGAUAUGGAUAUGCCUCGCGAUGGUACUCGAGUCAUGAUUGCAAUCUUAAAAACCUUUUCAGACCAUCCGAAGUCAAAUGCUCCUAUACAUAAAGUGCCUCGAAGCAGGACGUGCUUGUCAGAGGGGCUCAGAUCUGGCGAGGGCGUGUCUUAUUAAAGGCGUUCUCUUAGGUUAUGUAAGUGAACGUACGGAGUAGGAGGGC